CCACGUUUCAUACCACAAGGGACUCUGAAGUUGGAAAUUCAGGAAGCUGGCAGCCUGCUCAACCCGGUCCUAUGACGCCUCCUAUAGUUAGCUGUUCGGUCGGUGCGCCGUCGAUUUCUCCUGAGCUUGGGACACGUCUCUUGGUGGCUGCGUUGAGCCAUGCUUUAUACGCGAACGGUCAAAUCCCGUUUCCUGUAGGUCAACUCGCGUCCAUUCCUCUUUCCCCUUCGUUAAACGCCUCCUCCCGCUCUAAAGCACUUAGAAAGCGCGACGAGUUACUGGAUGGCUUAGAUGAGUUAGACGGGCAGCUCUCCUCGGCGCUUAUGAAGCUCUCUUGGACGUUAGCAGCUUCUACUAAAGACACUCCUGAGUCCAAUGACUCUGCCUCACGGCCUGCACUCCGAUUAUCCAAAGCUCACUUCAUGAUCCUAGUUGGCACCUCUGUUGGAGCCCCAAAAUUGCGAGUGAUUGUCGAGCUUGAUAGAUUCGAAGUCAAACCAUUUGGAUGGCGAGAUCAUGUUAUGCCACUCGAUCCGCCGCGUGCCGAAGUUUCGGGCGUAGUCACUGAUUAUGAUGGAACUGUCGAGGGCCACUCAGAAGAAGACUCGGGGUCUAUAAGUAGCUCAGAAACCAUCUCUGGACAAGAGUCUGAUGAAGAUGCUCAUUCGCAGCUGGGAACUGAGGAUGAACAUUCCGUUUCUAAUUCGGAGUCGGAGUCAGAAUCAGACUCUGGAAUCGAGUCUCGACCAACACUCGCCCCUUCCACAGUCAUCGAUGAUGGAAGGCAGUCAUCCCCGGCUUCGCCAGAAUCGAAUACUUCGCACGGUGACACUGCUUCAUACCGCCAUGUACUAGAUGAUGCCUUGUUACUUUCUACUCCAGCGACCGAAGGUAUCAUAAAGAAGGCUGAACGUGCUCUAUACCGGGCAUUGGCACACACGGAUGCUGGUUAUGACGAUGGUGAUGAUGAGCUGCCACCAACAACUUCGCUUGUCUUGCUCCGAGCACCUCGUUCGUUCCACCAGCCACAUUGGACUCCACGUCAAGAUUACUCCCGUUCAUUGGAUCUAGUUGCCCAGCGUUUCUUUCAAUUAGGUGAUGGCGGGAAGAAAACUGCUCCAUUGAAGUUCGCAGGCGGCAUGCGGAGCGGGAAGUUGCGUGGCAUAAAAAUAUGUUGUCAGACAUCUCAUACCUCGGGACCUGUGGAAGCAGGUGGGGAUAUGGGAUGGCACGACCGAGGUUCAUGUGGGGACGCGGAGGCGGAUGAGAUGAUUUGGUGGCAGUGGGAUGGCAAGUUGAGAGGUAUUGGAGAUGAUAUGUUCAUAUGACGAUACAGAGCGGGGCAGCUCUCAACAGCAUUUGAGUUGCAUGCAUCAUUUUAACUUAUCAUCCG